AUGAGGUUGAGAGAGAUAGAAGAGAGGUUACAUGAGUUAAAGGCAUCUACCAUAUCAAAACCACCUGCCUUAAAAUUUAAGGUUGAGAAUUUCUUCUGUAUGGGAUCUCCAUUAGCAGUGUUUUUGGCAUUGCGUGGCAUCCGUCCAGGAAACAGCGGUAGUCAAGAUCAUAUUCUGCCCAGAACAAUUUGUAACCGCUUACUAAAUAUUUUUCAUCCAACAGAUCCAGUGGCCUAUAGAUUAGAACCUUUAAUCCUGAAACACUACAGCAACAUUUCGCCUGUCCAGAUCCACUGGUACAACACUGCAAACCCUCUACCUUACGAGCAUAUGAAGCCAAGUUUCCUCAACCCAACAAAAGAACCUACCUCAGUUACCGAUAGCGAAAGUGCUUCAACUGCUCCGAGCCCAACUACUUCACCUGUCAUGGGUCGACGCCACUACGGGGAGUCUAUAACAAACAUAGGCAAAGCCAGUAUACUAGGAGCUGCGAGUAUUGGGAAGGGCCUCGGCGGGAUGCUUUUUUCAAGAUUUGGUCGAUCUAGUACAACCACCGAGCCAGGAAAAGACGGAACUGAGGGGGACAACAAGAAGGCUACCACUGUUGGGACGCCACCUUUACCCCACAGCAGCUCGGGCUUUCUGGAACCCACAGUGGAACUGGAGCACAGGAUUGAUUUUGAGCUCAGGGAAGGUCUCGUGGAGAGCAGAUACUGGUCUGCGGUCACAUCACACACUGCCUACUGGUCAUCUCUGGAUAUUGCUCUUUUCCUUCUAACCUUCAUGUGCAAACACGACCAAGAAGAUACCAACAAGUCCAAUUUAGACACUAUUUGAAUUUUUGACGGGGGGUGGGGCGGGAUGGGAAAGGAAAUUUUAAAACAAAUGGCACAAAACUGAUGUUGCACUGUUGAACCGCAGUAUAUAUGGCAUGGA